AUGCAUGACGAGGAAACAGCUCUUCUUUCAAGCGAUCUAGGAAAAGAUGAUGAUACGCAGUCUUGGCGUCGAAGAUCAGGACGUCCACCUGCGCGUGCCGCCAGUGCUGCUGCGCAGACCCUUCUCGCUGCCGAGUUGGCUGCGAAUGACGAGUCUUCGUUUUCUACUAAGAAACCCAGUCGCUCUCGUUCAAACACCAAUGAGUCGCCAAAUGCUCGCGUUUCAAAAUCAAAGCGCAAUGCGUCUAUGAGUGCUUUCGGACCAGAAGAAGGUUCCGAUGAAUCCAUGGCGCAUUCUGAGAGUAAAGAGCUUGGACUCGAACUUUAUGACGCAGAAUAUCAUGGAGAAUCUGCCAAUCUGGAAGGAUCCGAGUCGGAACACAAAGACGAUGCUCCGGAUGAAGAAUUGGUGCUUAGCGAUGCACUAGGAAGUGAGGAUUCAAGAGGAUCGCAGCGACUGCGGCCUAUGAGAAGAUCUACCAGAACGGUACGUAGAGUUUUGACCGUCUUUUGA